GCGAAAUGACCCGUAGGAAGAAGCUUUCUGUCUUUUUGCCGUUAAAUACUUAACCUGACAUACAACAGGAGUUAUCCACUGGAGCAUCUGUGUGUCUGGAUAAACCUGAAUUAAUUAACUUUAUGAGUGAUCCCGAAUGUUUUACCCUCCGUUAGCCUGCAUAGUUAAUGAAGUUAGCUUAGCUCGACUGGUGAGACCAAACUGUGUUUUCACGGAGUUCUUGUGAAGAAAAAGUCGCUGUCUCCGUGUGAAAAUGUCUAAAAUCCAGAUGCUGAGAGGUUUUAUCAACCAGCGACUAACUGCGGCUGCUGAAGAGAUAUUUGGGCUGUUUGAAAGAACGAUAUCAGAGUACGAGGAGGAACUCUGUCGUUCCAAAGAGGAGAACCAGAGACACAGGAAACUACUGGACGCUGUUUUCCAGCCUGAAGUCCGGUUACACAGAGCAGACGUCCAGCAACUGCUGGUGAGUAAAGAAGAGGUUCUCCCUGAGCAGCAGCAGUGGAGCCCCAGGCUGGACCAGGAGGACCCACCAGAGCUGCCACACAUUAAAGGCGAACAGGAGGAGCGCUGGAACAGUCAGGAGGGAGAGCAGCUUCCAGGACUGGAGGAGGCUGAGAUCACCAAGUUCCCAUUCACUCCUGUCCCUGUGAAGAGUGAAGAAGAUGGUGAAGAGAAACCUCAGUCCUCACAGCUUCAUCAAAGCCAAACUGAAGAGGACAUCGAUGCAGAGCAUUUGGAAACAGAAACAGCUGGAGAGGACUGUGGAGGGCCAGAACCAGCCAGGAACUUUAAUCAAGAUAGUCCUUUACAACUAUAUACUCAUGACAACACUUCACUCUCCCCAGGACCUGAGACUGAUGAUAGUUGUGAUUGGGAGGAGACCAGGGAACCUCAGCCAGGUUUAAACCCUCUGCAAAACAAUGAAGUACCUGUAAGUGAUCAGGAAUGUAACACUGGAGAAACAUCAGUUAGCUCCUCUGAAUGUGCUGCAAGAUUUGGUAACAAGGGACAUCUGCAGAACCACAAUGGAACCCAAACAGAUGUCCAGCAGCUGCUGGUGAGUAAAGAAGAGGUUCUCCCUGAGCACCAGCUGCUGUGGAGCCCCAAGCUGGACCAGGAGGACCCACCAGAGAUGCCACGCGUUAAAGAGGAACAGGAGGAACUCUGGACCAGUCAGGAGGGCGAGCAGCUUCCAGGACUGGAGGAGGCUGAUAUCACCAAGUUCCCAUUCACUCCUGUCCCUGUGAAGACUGAAGAAGAUGGUGAAGAGAAACCUCAGUCCUCAAAGCUUCAUCAAAGCCAAACUGAAGGACCAGAACCAGCAAGGAACUUUAAUCCAGACAGUCCUUUACAACCAGGUACUGAUGACCAGACUUCACUCUCCUCUGAAUCUGAGACUGAUGACAGUUGUGAUUGGGAGGAGACCAGGGAACCUCAGCCAGGUUUAAACCCUCUGCAAAACAAUGAAGUACCUGUAAGUGAUCAGGAAUGUAACACUGGAGAAACAUCUGUUAGCUCCUCUGAAUGUGCUGCAAGAUUUGGCCACAAGGAACAUCUGCAGAACCACAACGGAACCCAAACAGGAGUGAAACCAUUUAUUUGCUCAGUUUGUGGUAAAAGAUUCACACGAAAGACACAUCUGAGACAACACUCUAAAGUCCACACAGGGGAGAAACCAUUUAGUUGCUCAGUUUGUGGUAAAAGAUUCACACGAAAGGCACAUCUGAGACAACACUCUACAGUCCACACAGGGGAGAAACCAUUUAGCUGCUCAGUUUGUGGUAAAAGAUUCACAGAAAAGGGAACUCUGAGACAACACUCCAAAGUCCACACAGGGGAGAAACCAUUUAGCUGUUCAGUUUGUGGUAAAAGAUUCACACAAAAGGGAACUCUGAGACGACACUCUACAGUCCACACAGGGGAGAGACCAUUUAGUUGCGCAGUUUGUGGUAAAAGAUUCACACGAAAGGCACAUCUGCGGCUACACUCUACAGUCCACACAGGGGAGAAACCAUUUAGUUGCUCAGUUUGUGGUAAAAGAUUCACAGAAAAGGGAACUCUGAGACAACACUCAAAAGUCCACACAGGAGAGAAACCGUUUAGCUGCUUAGUUUGUGGUAAGAGAUUCAUACAAAAGGCACAUCUGGGACUACACUCUAAAGUCCACACAGGGGAGAGACCAUUUAGUUGCUCAGUUUGUGGUAAAAGAUUCACAGAAAAGGGAAAUCUGAGACGACACUUUAAAGUCCACACAGGGGAGAAACCAUUUAGCUGUUCAGUUUGUGGUAAAAGAUUCACACAGAAGGGAACUCUGAGACGACACUCUGAAGUCCACACAGGGGAGAAACCAUUUAGUUGCUCAAUUUGUGGUAAAAGAUUCACACAAAAGGCACAUCUGGGACGACACUCUCCAGUCCACACAGGUGAGAAACCAUUUAGUUGCUCAGUUUGUGGAAAAAGAUUCACACAAAAGGGAACUCUGAGACAACACUCCAAAGUGCACACAGGGGAGAAACCAUUUAGUUGCUCAAUUUGUGGUGAAAGAUUCAUACGUAAGGGAAUUCUUCGACAACACUCUAAAGUCCAUAUGUGAGAAACCAUUUAGAUCCAGUGUUUGUGGUAAAAUAUUCACUCGGCUCCACAGUGUCAAAAGCAUGUGUGUGGGUGAGAUCAACGUUGAUCAGCUAAAAGCUUUGUUCAGCAACAUUUUCCUGGCACCAUGUUUGAUAUUAAAUGUGUUCAUUGUUUAAAAA